AUGGGCAAAAAGGGCAAGGGCAAGGGCAAUAAGCUGGCCAAAAUGUCCGAGGAGGAGCGUGCCAGAUACUUGCAAAUGCGCGCCGACAUGGAGGAGGAGACCAGGCGACGCAAAAUGCAACUCAUUGCGCUCUACAUGAAGAAUAAACUGAAACGUGAGGAUGCCUUUUGCCGGCUAAACAUGGCCAAAAUCAACCAGGAAUGGCGUUCCAUACUGCGGCAGGUGAAGAUACAGGAUCUGCGACGUGAAAUCGUCGAUGUGGCGCAGUUCUUCAAGGAGGGACUCAAACGCAAAAAUCAGGUUAUACAACGACUCAUCGGCGACAUCAAUACCACGGAGGAUAUGUACGCCAAUCUGCAGCAGUCGCACAUGGAGAACAUUGACCGGAUCAUAGGCAUUCACAGUAGCCGCAUACAGUUCUUCUGGCGCAUCUACGAGGACGAUAAACAGGCGGUGCUUAGAGAAUGGAAACAGGAUGCGUGCAUCUUCAAGGAGCUGCAGGCGGAAAAGCAACAACAGCUGGAGUGCGUUUUCUAUCAACUAGAGGAUAGCUCCGAUCGAGCUGUUAAGGACAAUCACGAACGCUUCCUGGAUCGUGUCGAGGAUCUGAAGAGCGGCAUGCAAUUGGAACUGGAGAACAUAACGGGCAGGGGCGAGGGCAAGCUGGAGGCGCUGUGGCAGGAGUAUCAAUCUGUGCUGGCCGGCUAUGGCAAGCACAUCGAAGGUUUCUACUCGGAGUAUGUGGAUCUGAAGCAGCGUGACGAGGAGAGCGCCCAACAGAUCAGCCAGCAGAGCUACGAGAUUGACCAUCUGAUUGAGGAGCUGUCCAAUCUGCGCCUGCUCGCCGAAGAGCAGCAAAUCAAGCAGCAGGCCCAGCUGAAGCAGAGGCAGAGCAUCAAGCAAGAGCUCACGGAGCGCCUGCGCGAGCUGCGGACUUGCGUCGACAAGGAGUUGGAAACCGAACACAAGCUGUUCAAGCAAAUGACCGUGGAGAGCUACGAGGCCAUUGAGACGCUCAAGAGGCACCUGACCAGGGUCGAAACGUUGUCGCAGCUGUCGCGCAUCUGCGCCAAAAUGGAGACCCAGCGGGAAAAGCUGUUUCUACUGCCGCAGCUGUCACGUGAGAUAAUCGAGAUACGCGAGCUGAAAACGCCAGUGGAGGAUGCAGUCAGCGAUCCUCUCAAGGAGGAGGUUGCCGCCUUGCCGCAGAUGGAAACCUUUUGGCGGCGCGUCAACAACGUGUCCGUCGACGUGGCUUGCCUUAAGCAGCAGAAACGCAAUCUGGAGGCGGACAAUGCACGACUCAAGGCAGAACUGCAAGAGUAUCUCAUCAAUCUGAACAUUAGCAACGGCUCCAACAGCCACAUACACGACUAUCUAUCCAAGCGGCCCAGGAGCAUGUCCGUCGACCGCGUAACCCAGCUGCGCUUGCAGCCCAAGCAGGUCAAGAGCGCGGCGGCAGCAGCGGGCGGACGACGACCGCUGCCGCGACUAGCUGGUAGCUAUGUGCCCAGCUGUGAAGCAGGCAUCUCGAAUACUAUUCGAUCUCGUAACAUGCUCAGGGGCAAGCCUCAGUUGGCUAAAAUUGAUGUGAAAAAGCACUUCUAAAUUUUAAAUUUCGGCCCGUUUCUAAAAAUUCCAUUUAAAAACUAUCGAAAUUUAUGUAAUGCACUAAAAUGCAUCGUUCCCGGAAUAUUAUCAAACGCUUUGUGCUAAGUCGCUGCCCACCGCCCGCUUUUGGAAGGGUGCCCAUAAGAGAUUCCAUAGCCAAUGGCUAUAGCCAUGCCCAAGCCAAUCUUGCUGCUAGCUGCCGGAAGUUGUAUACCAAACUUUUAGAAUCUGGCAGAGAUCAGCUCGUAGAUAUACGAGGGGCAUUAAUGUCGCGACGUCGCAACAACGACAUGACCUGGGUCAAAUUAACUUGCAACCUGGCGAAAAAUAUCAACAAGAAGCCCAAAUCUGUGGUGGAUUAUCUGAGCAUGCCGCUCAGGGAUUGUUUCGACUUUAAACCAUGUCGCAUUGGUUAUAGGAAGCGAAUCCUUUGCUCGGAAUGCAUCGGGUUAAACACAGGCGAUAGUGAACUGAAUAUCGGUGGUCAAAGAACCAGCUCGCCUAUCCAGUUGGAGCCGCAACCGGAUAAUACGAGCGAAGAAUUUCGAAACGAAAGAGUGCGCUUCCAAAGUCUGCGCGUCACUCCGAGAAAUCAGCUGAAAUCUUAAAGUAACCAAAACUUUUGUAAUAGACUGGGACAAUACUAUAAAACACAGCACAAAUUUCAUUUAAA